UUCCGGUGCGCGCUGCAUUGUGGGUCAGUGGUAGCCGGGAUGGUGGGGGAGCUGGAAGAGGCCGAGUUCCCCGAGCUGUUCCGCUCCUACUCGGAGAACGAGAGGCACUGGCGGGCCCGCCGCGAGUUCAUCCUGCGGAACCUGCCCCCAGACUGGGCGGGGGGAGCGCCACGGCCCGCCGGCCGCAUCGACCAACUGCUCUCGCUCUCCAUGGUGUGGGCCAACCACCUCUUCCUGGGCUGCAGUUACAGCAAAGACCUUUUAGACAAGGUAAUAGAAAUGGCUGAGGGGAUUGAAGUUGAAGAUGUACCACAGUUUACUACGCGUGAUGAAAUAAUGAAAAAGCAUCAACAUUAGUACCUGCGAAGAAGAGGUCUCAAAUUUUUGUCAUGAUACAAGAUCAGUUUAUGUGGAGGACGCAGUGUCAAUUGAACAUACUGUUUCUAAAAGGACUCUCUAUGCUGUACCCCUAGGGAAAGGAUUUUUUUUUUAAACUUUGUGCCAUUAUGAUGAUGGAUAUUUACUUCCAAAGCUUUUUAAAAUGAGAGAAUCAGGUUUUUAAACAAUUUUUACAACUCACUGAUUCAUAGAACAAAGAAAAAGCUAUGAUGGACUGUAUUUUCCCCUUUCACAUGAAGACAGGGAAGAGUAAUAACUCCCAGAAAAGUAGGGAGAGGGGCUGGGGAGCUGCAGCAUCCCCUGUUCUGUUUGAGUACAAUUCUGUCUAAUGACCAAUGAGUCCAAUUUAGGAUGAGAGGCCAUGGGGAAUACUUGCCUCAAAGCACACACCCAUUUAGGAAAGCAGGGGCUUACACUUCACUCUCUGUUGAAAGUAAGGAGAUGUUAUAAGGCUGUUUUGACCAUUGACUAAUAUUGUUGUUACCCAGGUUUCUUUCUGUGUAACGGGAAAGGGAGGGCAUGGUGCACAACGUGGUCAUUACUCUGCUCUUCCCCUUCUAUAUGCAACUUAGAUGAGUCCGUGGUGGUGAUAAAUGUCCCAAUUAUCUGAUUUUCCCCUCUGCAUGCUUGCAUCACUCUUCCCCAGAGUUUCUCUCUACUGCAGGGGAACCAUAGAAAUCUAAAAGUAACACAGAAUAUUCUCUUUUACAAGUCUUUAUUUUUAAGUGUUUUAUGCCACAUUUUUAAAGUCUUUAGAAGGCCUAAUAACUGUGUCCAUUCAGUCACUGGAAUGAAAAUUUCAAUCACGAAAUCUGGAUAACUGUCUUGAUUUUUAGCAAUAAAAUCAUGUUCCUUUCCUGUAAAGUGAAUUCCCUCUCUUGAAGCUUUAUUUAAAUAAAACAUAUCUACUGCUGUUCUGGCAGGAUCUGAUCCAAAGCCCGUUGGAAUCAAGGCCCCAGAAUGCUUUAAAUUAGUAAUCUUCCAAAUGAAUAACAAUUGCUAUAGAUUUAUUUACAUGUAUCUUGUAAUCUCUGGGAAAUGUCAGGGGAAAUGCUGAAGGUUUCAUCUGAACAGAGGCUUAAAUAGCGUAAGUGCCAGAUGGGUAGUCAGAUCAGUUACCAAAAGCAUUGCCUCCACUGAUUACCUCUCUGGGAAGCCCCUUCUAAUCACCAUGGAGUUACAGUAGCCAUUUCAUAAAUGAGAUCAAGAUCCUUUGUGAUCUGGACCUCAACAUGAGUUUUGUGCUACAGCAGACUGAACAUUCUGCAGUAGCUUUAUUUACAUUUAAAACUGAAUGAAUGUUUUAUUGCAUUAAAUAUAAAAAUGAAUACGAUCACUACAGUAGCUUGUGUUGUUUUGAUAUUCAAUUUAUUUUGUCUGUCCCUGCAUUUUCAGUAUACUACAGACUGUACUGACCAAUCUAUAAUUGUAUCAUAGAAGUAAGGGGAAGCUGGAGGAUUUUGCAUGUUGGGGUAGGGAGCGUUAGGGCUUUUAAAAUCUAGAUACGCAAAAGGAGGCAGUUUGGGGAUUCUGGGAUCAGCACAGUAGCUGAAUUCUGCUCAUUUGAUCAGCAGUUAGCUGCUGACAUUUAAAUUAUUAGUAAUUUUCAGAGCCAACACCCCACUGACAUAAAUGAGAAUUCAAACUUCACGUUCAGGCUGCCGGAAGACAAUGCAUCAGUUUAUACAGAGUACAUGGGUAUUGGUGUUAGUAGCACCACUUCUAUAUUGAAUAACUGUUGAUAUUGCCAAUGUUUUUUCAACAUUGUUUAAAUCAACACACAGUUACAAAAUGCAUAUUUAAAAGAAAAGUUCAAGUCCUGGCUCCACUGCCCCCUAUAUCUGAGCAUCUAUGUCUAGGGACUUCAUGCAAACGUACUGGACUUGAGUCAGCAUAGUGUGGGGCAGCUGAUGUUCACCAAGGUUGUGCUGGGUUGAGAGAGAGGAAGGAUGACAUUGUGACUGAAGCACAGAUCUCGAAGUGAGGAGAUCCAGGUUGCCAUGUAGCACUAGGUAAAGUCACUACCUGUCUUUUACAGAUUGGGAAACUGAGACACAAAUGGGGAUAGUACUUGCUCAUCUGACAAGGGGAUCGUGAUGGUUAAUUCAUUAAUAAUUGUAAAGUGCUUUGAGAUUCUCUGAUGGAAGGUGUGGUAACAGUAUAAAAUAUUAGAAUUUGGUUGUGUAGGGUCAAGUUUCCUUGUGAGGAAGGGACAGAUCACUGGCUGGGGGUUGUGCUGUGGCUUGGGGGAGGGAGGACAGAUGACCUAGAGCCUGUUGGUUCUAAAGGUUACAAAAUCUCUCAAAUUUGCUGACACCUUGUACCCUAAGUCUGAGUUUGAGGUAUUUUUCAGCUCUGUUAAAUACUGUUUUGGAUGCAAACUUUCAACUCAACUAGGGUGUCAUGAUUUGCCAGUAUUAACAGAUGUUUUAGAAGGAUAUGUUGUGCUUUUUUGAUUUCCAGCUGUUGCUCUGAAUGUGCUUUAGACAUUAGCUAAUUAAGCUACUCGUUCUGAGGGGAUUAAGUGACUUGAUCAAGGUCUCAAGAUUUGUCUACAUUUAAACCACUACAGUGGCACCACAGCAGUGCGUCAGUGUAACACUACCUAUGUUGAUAGGAGUUCUGUUGGCAUAAAUUAUCCAUGUCCCAGAGAGGUGGUAGCUAGGUAGAUGGAAGAAUUCUUCUGUUGACCUAACACUGUCUACACAGGAGGUUGGGGUGGCAUAGAUAUGUUGUCUGUCACAGGUGUAGAUUUUUCACACCCCAGAGAGAGAGAGCACUAUGCUGGUGUAAGUUCCUGCUGUAGACCAAGCAACAGAGAGGGCCAGUGUCAAAGCUGGAAACAGAACCCAGAUCUGCUGACUCCCAGUCUUGUGUUCUUAAUGCAACAGUUGACAUACAUAUGAUGCUCUUGCAUUUAUAACAUUGCAUCAAAGUCAUGGUGUAAGUGAAAGUCCUAGGAAAUGUUAAAAUGCUGAGUGGAACAAGCUUUUGAUUUUACCUAUUUUGUGAAGGCACAGGUACCCCCCCUCCCCCCAGUCGUAACAGGAACAAACCCAGUAGGAACUGAUGAACAUCUUUCUAUUGUGUUUAAGAAUCUGAUCAAUGUCAAGACAAUAGGGAAGCAGGGGCUAGUAGGAAUAAAACGGUUGUGACCUAAAAUGAAAAAAAAAUUUAGUCAUUAGUGAAGAAGCAUUUACAAAUUUCAAAUCUCCAAUGAAUGGAAAUGUCAUUAGCCCCUCCAUGGGGCGUUACCAGGCCUCCUUUAUACUACUCAUCACCCAUGUUUAAUACAGCAAUGCUCAGCUGGGUGUAAUAAUAAACAGUAGGUUUGGUUUAUUAAGAUUUACCAGAGUUCCAAGAAUGCUUUGAAUGAGCUACCAGCAACUUACAAGGGUAUCACAGGGCCAAUAAAAGGAAAAUCUGUAAUAUAUAGCAGAGAACUGCUGCUCUGGCCAACUGCUAACCACACUUGGAUGAAAUACUGAGCUGUAAAACGUUUAAAAUGGAAGGAUAACUGCACUCCGAAAAAGCAUGCAUACCUCUUAAAUUAGUUUAUUGCAGCUUACUUUCAGGAGUUUCUAUACUUAUUAACUAGAGCUGAUUUUCAGCCUCUCAGCUCUGUUUCGAAAGCAGAAUUCUUCCCUUUGUAUCACGUUCUGUCUCUCUCAAAGCAAAAGCUUAAAGUUGCAUUAUAAAGGAACAGCUUCAGUUUCUUUUACAAUGCCACUUUUCUGAGCAAGGGUUACACUGAGCUGCUUUAUGUGCCUAAACUCUGCUUAAGACACUGUAAAUGUAUUGCACUGUGCCAGUAUUUUCCAGAAGUUAAAGUAAAUGUGAACACUGAUAUCCCCUCAUACAGUGGCUAACAGUGUGCAGUAUCACACCUAUUGUGCACUAGCCAGAACGUUAAGGCUGCUGUACUAAUUCCUCUGGUUGCCCUGUUAGGUAAGCUAUUCCUCCCAUUUGGUACUAAAGGUCCAGAGUUCUAUUUCUAAAGCUGUACAUAGCCUGUUUGUUAAUGACUAUGGAGGCUGGGUUGGACCAUAGAUCACUGCAAGUUCAACACACAUUACAUGAAAUGUUUUAUUAAGUGGAAGCUAGUCAAGAACAGUGACUGACUGAACAUCACUGAAAGCUUUUUGUAACAUCAAUAUACAAAAUCUCUUGAAAGUAUUUAGUACAGCUAGUGAAUAAGUUUGGCCAAGGAGUUAUGACAUCAAAUGAAAUACUCAAAUACUUUUCCAUUAACACAGUAUCAUUUAUAAAACCUUAGAAGCUGGAAACAUUUAAAAAAAACAACUCUCACAUUUGACUUUUAAAACAAAAUUUAAAGGUAAAAUUUUCAAACUUGGGUGCCUAUACUUAAGUGAAGAUGGUCAAAAGUGAGUAGUGAUUUUUGGCUGUUUUAACUUUAAAAAUGUUUAUUAAGUGUUGAGAACCUCCCCUCUGAAAUUCAGGUCCUUCAAAGUGCCUUGAGUUGGGCUAUUCAAAAUAAACUAGUGUCUUCUAAAAAAUCUAGGCACCCUACAUAAAAGUGGCUCUUCACUGAAGUCAGUAUGUUGUGGGUGCUCAGCCCUCUUUAAAAAAAAGAACAAAAGAAGAGGUGACUUAAGUAUGUCAAAUUUAGACAUCAUACUUUUAAAGUUUUGUUUUAAAUGAGCAAAUAGGAGUAUCUUUCACAUUUCUAGAAGCAGGGACAUUUCUGCAGCCCUUUGUUUUCACCAGCAUAACUGAUUAACCCAUUUCUGGGACCAGUGUUGGGCCUGUUGAGGGUGGCAGUUGUAGACCCAAGAGAGGAAAAUCUUUUCUUUGGCAGUUU